UUCUGGAUUCUACUUGUUCCUUGCAGGGGUCUAGCACUAGCAAAAUGCAGGGCAACGGAGGUGGUAGAAAUCCUUUUUUCGGAUUUGGUGACCCUUUUGCUGGUUUUGGAAGCUUUGGUGGCCAUAGAAAUUUAGUUUCUAGCUUCUUUGGAGGAAGAGACCCAUUUGAUGACCCUUUCUUUACACAACCAUUUGGGGGCCUCUUUGACUCGAGUGUCUUUCGUCCAACUGCAAGUCCUUUCAUGAAUAUGCAUCCAUCUACUAUGAUAGAGCAUCAUCCUCCAGAACCGAGAAUUUCGAGAGGACCCAUUAUUGAAGAAGUGAACUCUGAUGAUGAGAAGGAAGAAGCGGACAACGAGAAGAAGGACAACCCAAGAAAGCAUGGGAGGUCAAGUGAGAUGCCUCUUGUUGAGGGUCCUAAUGAUGAAGUCGAAGAGAGGAGAAGCAAGCAGGUACAUUAUUGGAAUGGCUCCAGAGAGAGGCCAUCUGAGAGACAGAUCCAGCCACAGAAUCGCAGUUUCACCUUUCAGAGCUCUACUGUGACUCGUGGUGGUGCAAAUGGUGCAUAUUAUACAUCAUCCAUGACAAGGAGGACGGGCGGUGAUGGGGUAACAUUUGAGGAUAGGAAAGAAGCUGAUAGUGCAACUAUGCAAGCCACUCAUAGAGUUUCUAGGGGACUUCAUAAUAAGGGCCAUUCUGUUACUAGGAAGCUUAACCCUGAUGGUAAGGUGGAUGCCAUGCAGACUCUGCACAACCUAAAUGAAGAUGAGCUGCCUCAAUUUGAACAAGCCUGGAAGGGAAAUGCUAGAAAUCAUUUGCCUGGUUGGAGCGAGCAUUUUGAUGGCCAUGGUGGACGGGGUGGAGUUGGUCAGAGUGGACACUCAAGUCAUGGCGGAUGGGCGCUUCCGUCCACUCAACAAUCAGUGCCCGUGCAGAGGGUGACAUCUGAUAUGAGGGAACGAGCACAGUCUUCUCAGAAGCAAAAUGCCGGAAGAAUGAAAGCAAAUGCCAGCGAUAAGGCCGGCCUCUCCCAUGGUAAAGCAAGAGGAUAAGGAGAUUGAAUCGUUCUUGCGUGUUGCGGCCCUCCUGUUCCCUUGCCACGUAGAUUUGCAUAUGUUGGACUAGCUGGAUAGAAAUUUGCAUAAUACAGGGAUACCUUUACCUUUA